AUGGGUCCCAUAAGAUAGUUAUAAGCGUUUGUGUGUGCCUAGACAUUUUGGCCCUAGUUUAUGAUUAGAUGGUUUUAAGCUGAAAAAGGACCAUUUACUAUCUUUUUCUAUUGUCCUUUAGCCAAGUGGGGAAUAUCUAUAGCCAAUAUAAACGACAUGAUUAAGAAGCCUGUUGAGACAGUUAACCCUGUUUAGUAAUCAGUCAUAACAUUAACCGGAACUCUUAUUGCUAGAUGGUGUUGGGUUUUAUCACCAAGAUAGUAUAUGUUAGUGGUAUGCAACUCGGUGAUGGCAUGUACAGGAAUCAUUCAAUUAUGGAGAAAACAUUAAGCUGGUCUCUUAUUUUGAAAUAUUAUAAGUAUAUUUCUAAUAUAUAAAUUAUGAAUAGAAGUAUCUUU